CUUUGAUCAAGAAUAGCUCCUGAAGGCAGCAACCAACUCCCACUGUAUGGGUAUGUACUGUGGUUGUCAUUAUUAUAUUAUCCCCGUUCUCUUGGCGCGCGGGAUAACUUAUUUGUUUGCGCUAACUAUUAUUAGCUGGUUACGGGUACAACGCGUAGCAUCUCUUGAGUUUCAACCUCGCAUCUCAUAUCUCAUAUCUCAUUUGCGCCCUCAUUUUGGCCCAUCUUUACAUAGCCACCAUUUAUUAUGUCUAUUUGAUGAAUUAGCCCCCAAAUCUUCCAGAUCUUAUGUUGUUUUGUUUUUGUCCCGUGUAAAAAGGCCUCAUCAGGAUAAAUCAGGAUAACAGACGCGAGAAGCAAGAGACUGACUGUUUCGCGGUUACGCGACCUAUUGUUUGUCAGGAGAAAGUAUUCAGGCUGAAAUCUGUUGUGUCUAGCUCCCUCGUUUGUUCUGCAAAUAUUACUACCAGUGUUAGUUACUAGCGAAAGAAUAAACCCAAAAUCGAAACGAAAACGAAGGAUAAUGAGAUAAUGGCUUCUCAGAGCCCCCUCGCACCGGCCAGCAUAUCCCGUGCCACCAUCUCAUUUCUCCUAUCUCUCUACCCACAUACCAUCAGAGAUUUUUACAGGGCUAAACUGAUAGCCAAGUCUACUCCGAAAGCGGGCCCAAAACCUGGUUCAAAGCAGUCCACGGCAAAAAGAACGAAUGAAGGAGCCAUAGAAGCGGAAGUCGAAGCCUUUUUGAAAUUGGAUAAACUGCGCUAUGAGUCGAUUCCUGCUACAUUGAGAGAUAGGGCUGGCGUUGCCGCUGGCGCCGACACCAGUAAAGACGCCGCGAAAAGACCAAGUAAAAAAGUAAAAGUAUCAAAGAACGAUGAUGCUUCGCCCCUUUCGGGAGCGUUUCUGGAGAAGGAUGAGAUUGUCAAUCUUAUGAGCUGGAAACUCAAGCAUGGCUCCCACCGACCAGCCCUCAUGGGCAUGAUACGAUCAAAUCCAGACUCCCUCGUCAAGUCCACUACCGCGAUUGCUUUCUCACAACUCCAGGACGCGCUAUCUAAUACGGGAGGCGAGGCUUUUCCCAGCACUCCGCUCGAGACACUGACGGGGCCCCUGAGGGGCGUGGGGCCCGCCACGGCAUCUCUUUUCCUGUCCAUUUGCCCAUGCCAUGCACCGUCAGAUGCUACAUACAACACGAGUAUAAAUGCGGCCCCGUUUUUUAGCGAUGAGCUUUUCAAUUGGCUUUGCCUGGAUAAGUACCCGCAUGACUUCCCCAACAGUAGUAAUAACAACGGCGGUGGAGGAGAAGGUGGCCAGAGAUCCAAGGGAAAGUCACCAGCAACAAAAGAGACUAAAAUCAAAUAUAAUAUGAAAGAAUAUAGAGAGUUAUGGGAAGCGGUGAGGGAACUUAGAGGCAGGAUUAAUCAGAUUCCUGACCAAAAGGAGGGGUUAGGAGAGGGCCGGGGUAAUGGGGAGGGCGGGAACGAAAGCUUCUCAGUGUUGGAUAUUGAGAGGGUGGCGUUUGUUAUUGGCCAUCUCGGGGUGUCGGGAUAUGAUGAAAGGAUGGAGGAGGCAUCGACGAUGGGGCUUCUAGAUGGUGGUAAAGUGGACGAUGAUCUAGGCGCGGCCGAAACGAAAGAUGUGAAUUUAGGUAGGGGGAAAAGGAAGAGAGGAUGAUGCAUUUCAUAGCGGAGCCUAGGGGAGCGUGCUUGGGAGACAAGCUAGUAUAUAAACUAUCGCCUUACCUGUAUAUUUCAUCUCUAGGUGUAUGAAACCGAAGUCAAUCUACUACAAAUUGCCAUGCUUUCAUUUUCACCAAUGAAUACCUGGAGCAAAAGGACGAAUUGAAAUCAGACCCGAAAUAAAUAAUCUAAUAAACUAUAUUAAUCAAGAACAAAGCUAUUAAAAUUCCACAGUAAUUAUUUCCACAAGCCCCUUAAGCUUCCCACUAUCAGUUUUGAUUAAUUCAGCACAUUCACGCUAUAUUUCCCCUUGGAACAUGCAGCAAAAGUGAGCAGGUUACCCCUGGCAGUUUCAAUCCCUCAGGUCAACCACUUUUCAACAAUCCUACCAACAGGCUCAAACUCGCCUUCGCCCAUACAGCGUCAAAAAAGAAGAUACUAAUGUCCUCAACCUUAAUUACUGGCUCUCCCCCUGCUUCAGUUUGCUGCAAACGGUUAAAUCACCCCCCAACCCUCCUCCUUCAUACGCCCAAGCCACACCAUUUAACUACCAACCCACCCGCCAAGCACUUACAUCAAAUACCCAACCCCCGCAAUCAACAUCCAGGCCAGCCCUCCCAACCCCAUCUCAACCCCGCUAGCCACCAUCGCCGGCGCGGCAUUCGGCGUCUCCGUCUCCGACGCUGGACCUGUCCCGGUAGGCCUGCGGCCGCCCGAAGUUUGCGACGCAUCAGCAUUGUCAGCGGUACCUGAAGUUUGUGUAGCAGUGGGUUUUGAGGUCGACGAAGACGAGCGAGUUGUGCUGAACUGUUUCGCUGCGUUGCAAUUGGCGACUUUUGACGAUUCAACGGCGUGUCGGCCUUGGUCCUUGGGGCAGUUGUUGUAGCAGCUACAUUUUGUGUGUUUGGGGCGGGUUAGUGAUUGGAGGCGCGGACUGACUCUUCAUGGAACUAACAUGGAGGUAGAGAGGGAGGGGAGCGUAGCUCUGGGUAGGAGCAUCUGAUGUUGACUUGAGUAUAUGCAUAUACGUACGUCAAGACAUUGCUGUAAUGGGUGCAGAGGCAGUCCCAGUCCUGUACAGGGCAGCUUUUGAGAAUGGCUGUGGUAGAUUCCACACAAGCCUCGAGAAUACUAUAGAUGUUUGGAUUCUAGGUUAGUAACGGAAUUCUGUAAAUGUUCACGAUCCGCAACAGACUGCUU